UCGGAUUUUUUCAAUGGAUUCCUAAUUUCAAUUACAAGAUAAAAAGUUUUUCAAAAAUUUUGUUGCAAUUUUAAAAAAAGCCUUUUUCUUCGUUCUUAUUAUUUAACUUUAAAGAUUUCCAUUUGAGUUUAGAUACAUUUCCACUCAAGAACAGACGGAUAGAAGAAUUGAAAUUUUUCGUUCUGUACAAACUGAUAUUUGAAAUCAAUUCGACUGUCCUUGCAGAUAUAUUUUAAUCUUGAAUUUGACAAGAACAAAAAAUAUUAACUAUAAAUUCUAUGCGGGAAUCCUUUUAAACAAUUUAUCACCAGGCUAUUAUUUUUGUGUAUUUAAUUUGCAGUAAAUAUGAAAUUUUAAAAUUUUAAAAUGUUUUAUCCACCUACUAGGAUUUAUAGAUUUAUAUAAUUAUCGUUGGUCGUUGGCCGUUGGCUCGUAACCAUUUGUUGCUCGUAACCGUUUCGUUGGUAGUUGGUCGUUGGACCAUAACAAAUACUUUUUCCUAAUUGUCAUCGUUGGUCGUUGGUCGUUGGCCAUUGGAUGAUAACAAAUACUUUUUCUUGAUUGUCAUCGUUGGUCGUUGGUCGUUGGCCAUUGGAUGAUAACAAUUACUUUUUCUUGAUUGUCAUCGUUGGUCGUUGGUCGUUGGCCAUUGGAUGAUAACAAUUACUUUUUCUUGAUUGUCAUCGUUGGUCGUUGGAUGAUAACAAAUACUUUUUCUUGAUUGUCAUCGUUGGUCGUUGGUCGUUGGCCAUUGGAUGAUAACAAAUACUUUUUCUUGAUUGUCGUCGUUGGUCGUUGGAUGAUAACAAAUACUUAGAUAGAUAAUUGUAAAUAAUAUGAUAGUUGGUCGUUGGUUAUUUGUAUUACUGUCUUCUGCUGUAAAGGGGAAAUUCUAAAACCGCUCCGUAAUAGAUUAAAGAUAUAGCUACCUUCUCCUUGGAAUGUCAAGUGAACAAAUUUGGGUUGGAGGAAGAACACUGAUUUUUGUUUAGAAGAAACGUGGAGAUGGAGACGACUAUAUACCAUAUAAACUUUUUUGUCAAAACGACACUUCUUUGCUUGUCCCAGGCGGUUUCCAAUUUUCAAUAACUAGCUAUAACAUAAGUCCAACAUCAUUUAUACCUAGGGUUCUAUUUGAUAUUUCACUGCUGAGUGAAUUUGGUUUUUUAUGCUUCUAUUUCAUCACAUGAGUUGACUGUUAUUCUUUUGGACUUUGCACUUGAGUGAUUGGUUUUUUACCUGUAUAGCUAAGUGUGUAUAUUAAUAUUUGGAGCAACUAUAGAAUACCCCCCGUAAAAAAUUAAAACUACGUAACAACGCACCUACUCAGCAAUACAGCAACGUAGAUGCUCAGCUACGCAGCUACUCAGCAAUGCAGCAACGUAGAUGCUUAGCUACGCAGCAACACAGCUACUCAGCAACGCAUCUAAUCAGCAAUACAGCAACGUAGAUGCUCAGCUACACAGCAAACCAUCUACUCAGCAAUGCAGCAACGUAGAUGCUCAGCUACGCAGCUACUCAAGUACGCAGCAAUGUAGAUGCUCAGCUACGCAGCAACAUAGCUACCCAGCAACGCAUCUGCUCAGCAAUACAGCAACAUAGAUGCUCAGCUACGUAGCAACCUAUCUACUCAGCAAUGCAGCAACGUAGAUGCUCAGCUACGCAGCUACUCAAGUACGCAGCAAUGUAGAUGCUCAGCUACGCAGCAACACAGCUACCCAGCAACGCAUCUGCUCAGCAAUACAGCAACGUAGAUGCUCAGCUACGUAGCAACGCAUCUACUCAGCAAUGCAGCAACGUAGAUGCUCAGCUACGCAGCUACUCAAGUACGCAGCAAUGUAGAUGCUCAGCUACGCAGCAACACAGCUACCCAGCAACGUAUCUGCUCAGCAAUACAGCAACGUAGAUGCUCAGCUACGUAGCAACGCAUCUACUCAGCAAUGCAGCAACGUACUCAGCUACGCAGCAAUGCAGCUAUUUACCACUACAGCAACAUAGAUGCUCAGGUACACAGCAAUGCAGCAACGUAGAUGCUCAGCUACUCAGCAAUACAGCAACGUAGAUGCUCAGCUACGCAGCAACUCAAGUACGCAGCAAUGCAGCUACUCAGAAAAAUAGUUGAAAAUGGUUUUAGAUAGUUAAGAGGGAUAGGAGCAAAAGCUUUGUUUUUAAAAUUAAACCAGUUUAAAAAAAUAUUAUAUAACAUUAUAUAAAUGUUUUCUAAUAACUAAAAAUAUUAAAUGAAUAAGGAAACUAUUUAAAGAACGAAAUAGAGGCUAACCUAUAGAAUCAUGAAAGCGAAGUUGUUAUAUUGCGAAAUGUUUAGUGUAACAAACCAACUUGGUAUGUUUGUUGAUAUUUUGCUUUAGUUUAACUGUCCAACUGUGUUUUAUAGUCUUAUUUUUUUACGGGGGGUAUUUAUAGUUUAGCCUAAUAUUUUUAGUCCAACCAAUAUACAGCUAAUUUGGCAAUUCGAUUUGACGUCAUAACAAUUUUUUCGAGGUGAAAAGUUUCCAUACUUUAGGUGAAGAGAGUGCAGAGAGCUAGACACAUUUUGGAGUUUUAAAAAUAAUGUUAGGACGUUUGAGCACAGAUAAUUUUUUGGAGCAAAAUCUAGAUAUCUAAGCAUUUCCAGACCAUAUUUUAUUGCGUUUACCUUUCGUUAGCUAAUUAUUCUUUCAUUUCCACAUUUUUUAGCAUUCUUCCCCCCUACGAACUGGUUUGUUUUCACCCUGCGAAAUUUAAAAAAAUGGCAGAUGUAGCACAAAUGUGAUUCUUCAAUUAAGGAAAAUGUCAAUUAUCACUACAGCAACAAAGAUGAACCAAAUCGCCGAAUAAGAACGACAGAUAAACAACUACCGCCUCCAAAAAAGCUCUGAAUCUUGACGCUAAAAUUAACACAAAAUUUUCAAGAGCAACAAUUGUAAUGCCGAUUAGGUUAUUGAGAAUUGACUUGUUUGUAACUUGUGAAUAUGUUCAAACUAAAAUAAAUUUUCACAAAAUUUUUUAAAUAAACUAAAAAAUUGAACUGACAAAUUCUAGAGUGACAAUAAUAUUGAGUUUGAAAAAUUAAAAAUUGACUUAACCUAAGAAGACACACUUAAGAAAUAAAAAUGGCUGACACUGAAACAAAACAAAACUUACUAGGUAGUCAGUGUAAACAGUACUGAGUGUACCCAGUGCAUAUUAAUUUUUAAUUAAACUUGUUUGAAGUUGAUUUGACAAAUGUUAUAAAAUUAGUCUUGACUUUGAUUCAUCAUAAAUGUACUCUUUAAAAUUCAUGUAAAGAAAAAGUGUGUCUAUUUAUAAAAAUAUUAAUCAGAAAUAAUUGCCUGGUGAAUAAUUACAUACAAAAUUACAGCAAUUAUCUAAGAUGAGCAUAAAGAAUAGAAUAAAAUAAUGACCUAAGGGAAUAUAAAUAACAUACAUGAUUUUUUGAUAAUAAUCAAAUGAAUAUAAUUACCUAGACACCAUAAUAAUAAAAAAUAAAUGUGAUUAAAAUAGAUAAUAAUAAAAAAUUGAUUAAAAAAGAUAAUGGUGGAAAAGAUAAGGAGAAAUUUUUGUCUUUUUAAAUGUUCAUGUUGCAGCACAACAAUUUAUCGAAGUUAAAGAGUGCAAAGAAAAUUAUUUCAUUCAAUACGUAAAAAUUUUUUCUAAAAAUGAUUUAUUUCAGUAUUAGUGAGCUUUGGCAAUGAAAUAAGAUAUUAUUUUAAUCUUCAAAUAUUGAAGGUUAUCUUUUGAUUCAUAGAAAUUAAUACUAGUAAAAUUUUUCAAAUAGUCUAAUAUUGCUUAGUUGUAAAUAAUUAUUUUCCAUUCCGGCUUCUGGCUUUCUCUCGAGAGACAAUAUAAUAGCCCUGCGCUCGAUUCCAGAAGUCUGCUGUGUUUAUUUCAGAUCUAAAGUAAAGCGGAAGUGAAGUAAGAAAACAAAUUUCAUAACUUCAAAUAUGGAAGCCAUACACGUGUUGGCUCAGAAGCUGUUAAAUUUACCAUCACAACCACAGGAGACGCACCCAUUACUCCCAAAUAUGAAAUUACUGGCAUGCAAGCUGUCAGGAAAUCCCUCGGAAUGCGAAAUAUUUCAGAGGAGAUGGUUGAUGUCAUCAUCAAAGGAUGGAGUGAUGGAACACAAAAACAAUACGCACCGUGAAUUAAUAGAUUUAUUUGGUACUGUAAUGAAGGGACUUGGAUCCCUUUCAUGCAACUGUAAAUACAGUUGCAGAGUAUCUUGUAUAUUUGAUGAAAAAUGCAACAAAUGAAUAUUCUGCUGUAAACACGGCAAGAUCAGCAUUGUCAAGUUUUCUACCCUUCGCAGGAGGAGAGCCUGUAAGAAAACACCCUAUUAUAAAAAGAGUAAUGAGGGGGAUCUUUUGAGAAAGAUCUUCCUUCCCACUUUAUGCAUUUACUUUUGACGCUAAAAAGUACUCGCUUAUUUGAACGGUUUAGGGCCUUGUGAUAAAUUAACAUUACUUCAGUUGACUGAGAGGUCGUCAAAGCGACCAAACAGUUUGGUAUUUGGAUAUUUGCUUUAUACACAUGACAGACACCCGUACAAUGUGAGUCCACAAAAUAACCAAAUUAACAAGACCUGGUUUCCACGUGGCACUGCUAGAAUUCAACAAAUAUGAGAAUGAAAAUUUGUGCGUUUUGUCAAACUUACGACACUAUCUACCGAAAACGUUUGGCAUUAGAGGUGUUUUUGUCGCGCUUUUCAUCAGUCCGUAUCCACCGCAUAAACUGGUGACGCAAGUACAAUUGGAAGAUGGGUAAAAUCUUGUUUGAUAAAAGCUGGUAUGGAUACUAACAUAUUUUCUGCGCAUAGUACAAAAGCCACUUCAACAUCAAAAUCAUUAAGUAAAGGUAUAACUAUGAGCGAAAUUAGAUUAAGAUGUAAAUAAUUUGAAUUAAAAUAAAGUUAUGAAACUAAGAAACCUAGUAUGUUUGAUACACCUGUUAAAUCUGGGGCCUGAAAAAGACGCCUGCUUAAAAAUCUCACAUUGCCUCUAUCGGGAAAGCCGGAAGCCAGGAUGGAAAAUAAUUGAGAAAUUAAACGAGCACUUACGGUGCCAUGUUUGAUGGAGAUUGUUUUGUGUUCUGGAUGUAGGGUUUUGAAGGUAGAGAUAAUAUGCCUCACACAUCCACCCUUUGGUGGUGCAGCAGAAGGUUCGGCAUAUAGGCAUGGUUUCUGACCCCGUUAAAAAAGUUAAAAAAGGCCUGGAAUCGAGGGCAACGCUCUCAUAUUAUCUCUACCUUCGAAACCCUACAUCCAGAACGGAAAAUAAUCUCAAUCAAACAUCGCACGGUACAGUGUAAGUGCUUGUUUAAUUUCUCAAUAUUUGAUUGUGUUAGUGUUAAAACAGCACUAUUAUGUUUUUCAGAAGAACUAUUUGUGUGUGUGUGACUUUUGCCUAUGGAAUCAUCAAUCAAUCAUCAAUCAUUGAUUGUUUAAAAUAUGUAGAGGUUUAAAAAAUGAAAAUUAUCACAUGGAAUAUUAAUGGCAUUAGAGCAUACAAUAAAUCAAGCAUAUUGAAAUUGUUAUUUGAUUCAUUUGGAGCUGAUAUAAUUUGUUUACAGGAGACAAAGAUAACGAGGAAUCUGCUUACAGAAGACAUUGCAAAUGUAGAUGGAUACUUGGCUUUUUUUAGCUUUUCAAGAAAGAAGGGAGGGUAUUCAGGUGUUGCAACAUAUUGUAAACAGAAAUUCUGCCCCAUUUCUGCCGAAGAAGGAAUAACUGGCAUUUUGCAGAACCAACCGUGUGAUGUGUUUGGUGAAAACAUGUUAGCAUUCACAGAUGAAGAAUUAAAAGACCUUGACGCUGAAGGUAGAGCAGUGAUAACAGUUCACGAAACUGAGAGUGGCAAUCAUGUUCAUAUCUUUAACCUUUACUGUCCACGUGCUGAUAUUGACAAUGAAGAGAGAUAUAAAUACAAGAUGAAUUUUUAUGCAUGUUUGGAAGCUAGAUGUAAAGCUUUAAUACGUGCUGGAAAACACGUGAUUGUAGCUGGCGAUUUGAAUGUUUCUCACAAACGUAUCGACCAUUGUGAUCCUGAUGAGGAUUUCGAUCAAAAUGUUGCUCGUGUAUGGUUUGACCAGUUUUUGAACGGUUGCACCCAACAGAACACCGGUGACCGUCAGAAUGAAGAGGAGAGUGAAGAAAGUUUUGACGAAACGUUCCAAAACAAAUCAGUAUGUUUCGCAACAGGUGUUUUGAUAGACACAUUUCGGAAAUUUCAUCCCAAUCAAACAGGUGCAUUUACAGCUUGGAGUUCGCGAAUAAGAGCGCGAGAAACGAAUUAUGGAACUCGUAUUGAUUAUAUUUUAGCCGAUAAACAGCUGGCGGAAAACGGAUUUUUAGAUACUCGUGUUCGUCAGGAUAUCGAUGGAUCGGAUCAUUGUCCGGUUGAGUCGGAUUUGUCAUUCUCAUUUGUCCAGUGUAGCUCGGUACCGGAUUUGUGUGCGAUUAACAUGCCCGAAGUUUGUGGAAAACAACAAAGAAUUAAAUCGUAUUUUACGAAAAAGGAAAAGACGUACGAAAAUAUCCAAGCAGAUGAAGGGGGCUUAUGUACUCCUCCGUUGAGUGUACAAACGAAACGAAAGAAUGGGUGCAACGAAAAGGAAGCGGCUAAGCGUAAGAAGAUAGAUAACUCGAAAUCCUUGCUUGGAUAUUUUGGGAAAAAAACGAACUGUGAGAAAACCUUUGUGGAGGAGAACAAAAAAGUAAAAGAGACGGAUAGUGGUUUUGAAACAUUGCCUAUAGUAGAUUCUGCGAAGCCUUUAAGAGAUCGUAGUAAAAAUAAAAACACUUGGAAAAGUAUAUUGAAAGGACCAGAACCGGCGCCUUUAUGUUCGGGUCAUAAAGAGAAAUGUGUGUUAAGAACAGUUAAGAAAGAAGGUCCGAACGUCGGUCGACAAUUUUACAUAUGUCAUCGACCUGCCGGGCACACUUCUAAUCGAGAAGCGAGUUGUAAUUUCUUUUUAUGGAAGACGUAAGAAAUAUUUACGUGAACCGAGAAAUUAAAUUUUGUUACUUUUUAAAAAAAAAUAGAAAUAGAUUACUUUUAUAUAUUUUAAAGUUUUGUGCAUAACCAGAUUCGGAGAAAGUAUGUAUAUUUUAAAGUUUUGUGCAUAACCAGAUUCGAAGAAAGUAUGAAAAGGAAAGUAUAAAGACGGAUAAACCUGAAAGUUUUUGAAGGUUUUGUUUGUAACAAACCCUGCUUUAGAAACUACGGCCUCGAUUACGACCCUCGUAAUAACGAAAUAAUAAGAAUGCGAUACUGUCAAUUUCUAAGUUCGUUUGGAGAAAAAAAUUACCAAUUUGAACAAUGAGAAGAUUAAGUUCAAUUUCUGGUUUAGUGUGGAGAAAAAAUUGUACUGGGUGUGAAAAUAUAAAGUAAAAACUGUGCAUAUGAAAUAGUAUAUUUUAUGUUACACAAAUUUAACAUGUGAUAAUCAUUUUCAGCGUGUUGCAAAAAUUUUGGCCCGGUAACUUUUAGAUGACAGAACAUUUUUUGUUUUUAGACCAAAUUUUCGCCUAAAACAGUGCCAAUUGAAAAUUAUUUUAACCCGUUAGAUAAAGAAAAAGCUACCUUAAGGGACUUAAUUUUCGCGACUUUCGCGAAAAUUAAGUCCCACGCAAAUUAUUGGGGAACUUACUAUUCAGAAAUUUCACGAUAAUUAAUUCUCAUGAAAUCGAUAUUUUCUUUCUGUAUUAUAAUUUCAACUUCAGCAGUAUUUAUUUUUUCUUCUAUAUAGAAACCCUUGAAAAAUCAUAUAAAUUGUGAAACAAAA